UUAGCACGAGCAGACCGGCCGUCUUCGAGUUGGAUACGGUAUACGGGCGCAUAUAUGUAUGGAGUGGGGAUUGGGAGAGUCGUCGCACGAGAGGGAGAGAACCGACUGGGCAUCUACCAAUUGAACAAUAGUCUUCGUCUCCACGAUGGCGGCAGCGCUUCGGCUCGCGGCAAAGAAGCUCUUCGGCCGCGCCCUCGAGCGGCCGUUUAUUACGGCCGUCAAGGAGGUAGCACCGAGGAUUAGCCAUGGCGGGACCUCCUCCGAACCACCAGCAACUCUUCUCACCAAGGUCGGAGAUGUACGUAAAGCAGCAAUCGGGUAUGCGCUAUCAGGCCUGGCAGUCGGGUCGCUGGCCUUGUCGCCGCUGUACCUUUCCAUCAUUAAGCGAGGUGCCCAGAGGCGCGCUGCUGAGCGAGAACACAGAGACUGGUUACGCACGCGCAGCUGAGCGGCAACAUUAGAAACUGUCAUGGUUGCCAUUUAGGCCUGAACAACGGCUGUACUAUGAUGAUGGUUGCUAGUAGGAUUAUUUGAGUUUCACUUGUGCUGUUUUGGCCUUUUGGCUUUGCCUUCUGGAUAUUUUUUUUUCU